UGUUGUGUCUUAAGUCUUUUGUGUUUUGUUCUCAUAUUGUAAAUCUACUCGUGGUUUAUAAAGGAUAGGAGAUGUGUAGCUUAUCCAAGUCUUAGCUCGAUUUGAAUCAGUUAGAGUUGAUUGAUCGAGUCGUUUGUAAGUUGGUCAAGUGUGAUUUACCAUCUUAGGUGGUGUUGAGUCCUGGGUAGAGUUAACUAGGACCAGUGGCUAGAGUUAGUCAGUUGAAAGUGUGGUAGAGUUAGUACGCUUGUCUUGUAAUAGAGCCAUUACAAGAGGUGGUGACUAUUAGUGUUUGUAAUCACUUGGUUGCUUGAAGAUUAGCGGAGCAUUUGAAAUCUUGAGGACAGGUCAUGGUUUUUACUUUCCUUGAGCAAGGAAGUUUCCACGUAAACUUGAGUGUUCUCUACAUUAUUGCAUUGUUGUUGUCUCUAUCUUUAUCGUAUUGCAUCUGUUAGCUUAGGGACCAGGUCCCGUUGUAUUUGGUGGACUCAUACAUUUCAUCAGAAUUACACCCUCGGCGUCCGGAUCUCACACUUGAGUGAUAGAGUUUGCAUACGUAAUGAAGCAAAAUGUGCCAGUAGAUCCCAGCAAAAGUAAAAGCUCCAUAUUCACUGUAUAACCUGCUAGAGCCAUGGACUUGGAGUUUACUACUGGAUCCCUUGCAUAAGGAUCCACUAUUGCAAUAUCUUCAUCAUGUUCGACGCCCCCAUUAUAUUUUACAUGCUCAACAUCAGGGGAGGAAUUCUACUUUGGAAAAUCCUUACAACCUUAAUGGAACCUGAAAGAGAGGAAACCAUACUCAGAUUCCGUCGAGGCUCAAAAAGGCGCAAACCUAGAAAUCAUACUCAGAUUCCAUCCACUUCGAGCAAUGAUUCGGCCUUGGUAGUCCCUACGUUACCACAAGAAGUAAUCACAGCAAUUCUUGUAAGACUUCCUGUCAAAUAUCUCUUACAGUUCAAAUGUGUUUCUAAACAUUGGUAUGCUUUAAUCUCUAGUAAUCAUUUUGUAAAGACCCAUCUUAGUUUUUCUGCUAACGAUUUCACUCGACGUAAACUUCUGUUGGAAACGGAGAAGCGUCGUCUGAUUAAGCGCAGUCAUAGACAUUGUUCUGUUAGCUCUUUAUUUUAUGAGUCUGUUACUGAGGCUUUUGAUUUGGAUUAUCCCAUCAAUGACCCCAAAAGAGUUGUCGCUAUUGAAGGUUCUGUUGAUGGGUUGAUUUGUUAUAGUAUUGGGUAUGACUUGGUUCUGUGGAAUCCGUCAACUAGAAAGUUCAAGCAACUGCCUGACCUUAUGCUUAUGCCUCAACAGACGUAUAAUUACCGUUUCAAUUACGGCUUUGGAUAUGAUGAGGCUCUUGAUGAUUAUAAGGUAUUGGCUAUUUUCGAUGAAAACUGCAAAUGUCAUGUCAAUGCAUAUAAUUUAAAGAUUAAAAUAUAUAAUUUAAAGAGUGAUUCUUGGAGAACACUUGAUGAUAUUCAAAGCGAGAUGAUUUACUAUGGUUCGGGCAAGUUGUUGAAUGGGAAGCUUCACUGGGUUACUACUGUUGUUUAUGGUGGUUGGGGAGUCAUGUCCAUUGAUUUGGUUGAUGAGAAAUGUAGGAAAGUGGAGCAGCCCUGCUAUGGAGUAGAAAAUUAUUUUUUGACACUUGGAGUGUUGGGAAGUGAUUUAUCUGUGCUUUGUAGUCAUAAGAGAACUGAUGUGUGGGUUAUGAAGGAGUAUGGGGUUAAAGAGUCUUGGACUAAACUAUAUACCAUCGAAUGUCCUUACCGUGUUCUUUCUCCACCCCUUUGCACGUCAUUUGAAGGUGAAAUUUUGCACGUGUUUGCAUUAACUUUAACAAUAUGCAAUCCAGAGGAUGGUUUAAUGAGAUAUCCAGAGGUUACGAACAUUGAUGUUUAUGUGGAUACGGAUGCGGAACUCUAUAUUGAAAGCCUAGUUUGUCCAGUUUUACAAAACGAACCAAUGACACAACAUUGAAGGCUGCAAAAACCUCAGGUGAAUGACAAUUUGUAGCUAAACGACUUGUUGUUGUGUUGAAUCAUGCAUGUGUACAAACUAACGAACAGAUGCUUUUGCGAACAGCUGCACUUCUAUUAUUAUAAGUCUAUAACUAAUAUUAGUUGCUGUAUAUCUACUAUUUCUACUAUCAAUGUUAUGAACAGAUGUUUGUACUUGCUGUUACAGUGAUCAGGAUUCAGGAGGGGCUAGUACAUGUUAUGCUAUCCUUCAAAAAAAAAAAUUAAUGGUGAUCAUGUCACUAAGGAUUCUUCAGGUACUAUGUUUGAAGAAGAGUUGUGGGUUGUAAAAUACUAUGAUGAUACUUAAUGAUAUAUGGUAUUUGUGUA